AAAAAAGAGAGGCCGUAUAACCAGAGGUGAAUGAAGACGAGGGGAUCCACUUUGAAUGGGAAUUUGUAUUCAGAAAACGGAAGCCAAAAGAGAUCCAAGAAAUAAGCGACACAUGCUGUUUAUCCCUAAGAGUUUGCAUUGAUCCCUGGAAAUAAGAACAAGAAAAGAAAAAAAUGAAAUCUCCUGUCUUCCCUUAUGCCUCGGAAAUGAGCUGCUUUUGGUUCAUUUUCAUGCUUUUCUUUGUUAUUUCACCUAUUAAUGAUGUGAGCCCUGCCCAGUUGACUGUGAAUGGGCCACUCCACCCAGUCACUGCCUCUUUGAGUGAGGAUAUUGUGCUGCACUGUCAUCUGUCCCCCAGAACGAGUGCAGAAAACAUGGAAAUAAAAUGGUUUCGCUCCCAGAAUUCUUCGUAUGUGCACCUUUAUCACAAUGGCAAAGAGCAUUUGGAAAAGCAGCAGCCAGAAUACCAAGGAAGAACAGAAUUGUUGACAGAUGGCAUUGAGGAUGGAAAGAUUGGCCUGAGGAUUUUAAAUGUCAGCUUCUAUGAUGCAGGACAGUAUCACUGCUCUGUGAAGAACAAGAGCUUCCAUCAAGAAGCCACACUGGAUAUAAAAGUGGCUGCAUUAGGCUCUACUCCUCUCAUUUCCAUUGAACGUUAUCAGGAGAGAGGGAUCUACUUGGUUUGCCGAUCCAGGGGUUGGUACCCACAGCCAGAGGUCUUGUGGAGAAAUCCCAGUGGGAAGCAUCUGUCCUUUUUGGCUAAGGAAACAUCCCAGGAGAACAAUGGGCUGUUUGAAGUACAGAAGGACAUUCUCCUAACAGAAGGUUCAAACCAGCCCUUAACCUGUGUGGUCCGGAACAGGCUCCUCAACCAGGAGAAAGGAUCAACCAUUCACGUUGCAGAUAACUUCUUCCCAAAGAUUGAUCCCUGGGCAGUUGGUCUAUGUGUAUCCAUCCUAGUUCCUGUUGGCUUACUUAUUGCUAUUCUGUACCUGAUUAACAGAAACAGAAAGCUCAUCACAGAACUGAGUUGGAGGAAUAUGGUGGUGCCCAUAGAGAAAGCCAAUGUAACACUGGAUCCAAGCACAGCAAACAAAGAAUUGAUCCUGUCUGCAGACCAGAAGAACGUCAUACAAGGCUUCAUGUGGCACAACCUCCCUGACCAUCCUUGGAGAUUUGAUGUGGAGCGCUGCAUUUUGGGAAAAGAGGGCUUUUCCUCAGGGAGGCAUUACUGGGAAGUGGAAGUCGGGGAAGAAGGGUACUGGGCUGUGGGGGUGGCUAGGGAAUCUGUCAGGAGGAAAGGAAGGCUCAGCCUUGAUCCAGAUGAAGGCAUCUGGGCUGUGGAGAAGGCUCGAGUCCAAACUGUCCAGUACCAGGCUCUUACCAUCCCACAGACUCCUCUAACCCUGCGCAAGAGACCCAGGAAAGUUGGGAUUUAUUUGGACUAUGAGCUGGGAAAGGUGGCCUUUCAUGAUGUCAAUCACAAGAUGCACAUCUUCACAUUCUUCGCUGCAGAUUUCAAUGGGGAAACAAUUUUCCCUUUCCUACAGGUGGGAAUAGGAUGCUGGCUUACAGUCUGCCCCUGAUGUCUUCCUUGCAAGAUGGAAGGAGUCAGCCCCUAUCCAUUUCACACUCCUGGCCCUAACAUUGGGCAGACAGAGGCUAGGCUUUGGUAUGUCAUAAAAAGACAAAAAAUGGAAACUCUUCAAAGAUUUGGAAACCAAGUCUUAUGAGUAACGGCCGAGGGAGCUGGGUAUGUUUCGCUUGGAGAAAUGAAGGCUGAGAGGGGACAGGAUAUGUUCAUUAGAAAGGAUGUCACAUUGAGGAGGGGACAAGCUUGUUUUCUGCUGCUCUGGAUACUAGGACAUGAAGCAAUGGAUUCGAAUUACACAAAAAAUAUUCCACCUAAACAUUAGAAAGAACAUCUGGAUGGUAAGAACUGUUUGGCAAUGGAAUAUGCUGCCUGGAGGUCCAGUGGAGCCUCCUUCUCUGGAGGUUUUUAAGCAGAGACUGGGUGGCCAUGUGUCGGGAUUACCUUGAUUGUGUUUUCCAGCAUGGCAGGAAGCUGGACUGGAUGGCCCUUAUGGCCUCUUCCAACUCUACAAUUCUGUGGUUUUAUUUUUACUAGCAGAGAUGCCAUGAUGAAAAAUUGUAGGUACUACGCAUCUUGGAUGGUGUGUGUGUUUUGUGUGAUGUUUACUGUUAAAGUCUCUAUCUUACACUCAAAGAGGGUUUUGCAUGGGAUGGAUGAUGAAAAGGAAACUAAGGAAUAUCACUGUGUGAAUCAGUAUGGAUGCAUCUUUAAUCUAGAAUUAAUGCAGCUUGACACCCUGGUUCAAUGUAAGUUAUCGUUUUACAAGAUUUUGGGUCUUCUUUUCCAAAGAGUGCUGAUGCCUCAAGACAUUACAAAUCCCAGGAUAAUAUUCUGAUUUUGCAGUCUGAAAUUCUAUAGCCCCAAGUUUAUAAGCACUAGAAGUUUCCUGUGCAUUUAAGACAAGCCAAUGUACUUCUGCACUAAUAUCUUUUGUGAAUGACUGUAGUUACAGUAGAGUCUCACUUAUCCAAGCUAAACGGGCCGGCAGAAGCUUGGAUAAGCGAAUAUCUUGGAUAAUAAGGAGGGAUUAAGGAAAAGCCUAUUAAACAUCAAAUUAGGUUAUGAUUUUAUAAAUUAAGCACCAAAACAUCAUGUUAUACAACAAAUUUGACAGAAAAAGUAGUUCAAUACGCAGUAAUGUUAUGUUGUAUUUACUGUAUUUACGAAUUUAGCACCAAAAUAUCAUGAUAUAUUGAAAACAUUGACUACAAAAAUGGCUUGGAUUAUCCAGAAGCUUGGAUAAGCGAGGCUUGGAUAAGUGAGACUCUACUGUACUAGUAGAUCCAAAAUAGUAAAAUAUUAGUGCACUGAACAUGUGAACUCCUUCCCAAUGGAGGAAAUACAUUUCUCAUGGAAACUUCACUGUAGAAUCAUAGAGGCAGGUACCUCAUAAUUUAGGCCAGAGCUUGGAAAAAUUACUGUUUUGGACAGCAAUGUCUCAAUUCUCCCACCUAGUAUUCCCUUCAAUCAAUGGCAUUGUGAUACAGAGAGAUAACUGUUCCAAACUCUGGUUCAGAUUCAGCAAUAUGUACUUCUAGAAACACUCCUUCUCCUGCUUUUUGUUUAGAGGAAAUGGGGAACCUGUGACUUUACACAUGUAAUAAUGCCAUUCUUGUCUAAUGCCUGUGCUGACUGAGCUGAUGGGAGUUGAACAUCUGGAGGGCCACUGAUUUCCUCUCCAGAUGUUGGUUUCACACAUGACUUUGGAGAUAGAUGGCCAGUGUCUUGGAUAGGACUGGAAUAUCAGCCGUAUGUAUUUCCCCGCUGAAACAUCUUGAAAUGAGCCCUGAAACUGAAUAGGAAAACAACCAGACAAUGAAAAAUAACCCUUGGCCAAAGACUCUAUCAAGUCCCAGUACUGCUUUCAGUCUAGCCUACUCACAGCACUGGUCAAUAUUAAGUUUAUUCCAGAAGUAUUUUGUAAAACGUCAGUGUUACACAAAGUGUGCAUGACAUAUAUAAAGUAAUCCUUAUCAGGGGUCUAUGUGACCAGUACAGAAUGUAUCCAGAGCUUGUUUUUGUUUUAAGAGGAUGUUCUUGGGGUCUGACUUAGGGUAUGCAGACUUAACAUUGAGUUGUUGGCCCUAGGCACAAAAUAAUGCAAUUAAAGUGUUUCUAGCAUAACCUAAUGAUAGAGCCCAACACACAAUACAGGCCAUGGAGAGAUGUCAGCUAUUGUCAAAAUGGAGUUGAUUAGGCUCGCUAAAACACAACUGAUGUUUUCAUUUUUAUUUUAUGCUAACAUGUAUAAUCUUGUGUUACAGUAGCACACCCUUCUGCAUUUUUAAAGCUUGUUGAUAUGGCACAUACUGACAAUGGCAAAAUAAACACAGACUUGGAAUGAGAAAGCAGUAAUGCAAGUGUAAAAAAAAAACAACCCAAGAGCUUUUUUUAUUUUCCCCUUGUGGUAAUAAUCUUCUGUUUUCCCCUAAUGUCAAGAUGUUCCUGUCACAUGUGUAAGAAAUGAACGGGGGGGGGGGGGGGUCUUCCUACCACACAAUUCUAGCAAUAUAUACCACUUUAACUGUCAUAGCAACAUGCUGUAGAUGUUCGGUUUAGGGAGGUGUAUUCUCAACUAAAGAGUUCUUGUGCCUCACAAAACUAUAAAUCUUCGGAUUCCAUCAAACACAGUCAUGAUAGUUAAGUGGAAUAAAGUGGCCUAACUGGAUUGGGUGAAAGUCUUUCAUACUUGCUUCAAGUGCUUAGGGAGUAGGGAACGCAUUACUUUCCAGCUUAUCAAAUUAAAAAAUAUAACUUUCAGCAAUCCCGUCUCAGCUCCAGUCUCAGCUCUCGUUCCAUUGACUAUUUUAUUUUUCAUGUCAGGAGCAACUUGAGUUGCUUCUGGUGUGACAGAAUUGGCCGUCUGCAAGGACGUUGCCCAGGGGACACCCGGAUGUUUUGAUGUUUUUACCAUCCUUGUGGGAGGCUUCUCUCAUGUCCCCGCAUGGAGCUGGAGCUGAUAGAGGGAACUCAUCCGCGCUCUCCCCGGGUGGGAUUUGAACCUGGCAGCCUUCAGGUCAGCAACCCAACCUUCAAGUCACGAGGCUUUAAUCCACUACUCCACCGGGGGCUCCUAUGCAGAAAUGACAUAGCUGUAGUGUAACGCCAUCUGGAGGCUAGAAGCGACUCGGACAUACUGUGAUAUGAAAGCUGAGCUGUGUUUGAAGACUGGGGUCAGUAAUGACUAAAGAACAAACAAAUGAAGAAACUAGCUCUAUUAAUCCAUAAUCUCUAUCACAUCUUAAUAAUAAAUCACCACUGGAGGCUAUAAACUUAGUAAACUGAGUCCUAUACUGUGUGAUGGAGGCAGGGGGAGGAAUAAAUAAUUUUAAUUUUCACUCA